AGAGGCGUCAUCGCAGCCUGUGAAUGAAGGAGCGGCGAGACACGUCCUGCGAGUUCUUCUCCACCUCCGUCCACAUCCACACCCCCAUCUUCACCUCGACCUCCAGCUGCCAUCGCACCGGAGCGCUCCGGAGGAAGGAGAGGGGUUCGAGGCGCUGCGCACGGACGGACGGGUUGGGGAAAGGUUGGGGACGGGUUCGGACGGGCGCUACAGCGGAUCAUUGGAACGGAACGAACGGAACGGGACGGGUCCCUGAACGGUCCCCUGGGGAACACCGCGCACAAUGCGCCUCAAGGUGGGCUUCAUCCUGCGCAGCCUGCUGGUCAUCGGCACCUUCCUGGGCCUCGUGGUGAUCUGGUCCUCCCUGUCCCCGUCCCCGAACGAGGAAAGACCCUUCGCUCAGGUGAGAGGCAGGGAUGCCGACGAGCCGCCGAAGGUCGAGAACGGCGCCGAGGGACGCCUCAAGCCCGUCGUCCCGUGGCCCCGCGUGGAAGGCGUGGAGGUGAACCUGGACGCCGUCCGGCGCAAGGACAAGGCCCAGGAUAACGGUCCCCUGGGCGGCGCACCCAAGGAGCAGAACGCCAUACAGCAGCAGUACGUCACGUUCAGACCGCACACGCACCGCUACUCGGACCCCGUCCUGAAGCGUGGGGUGCUGGGAAAUUUCGAGGCCAAGGAGCCGGAGCCUCCCGGCGUCCCCGACGGACCUGGGGAGGGGGCCAAACCCUUCGUCCCGGGGCCCGAGUACAAGGAGGCGGUCCAAGCCAGCAUCAAGGAGUUCGGCUUCAACAUGGUGGCGAGCGACAUGAUCUCCCUGGACCGCAGCAUUAACGAUCUGCGCCACCAAGAGUGCAAGUAUUGGCAUUACGAUGAGAACCUGCUGACCUCCAGCAUCAUUAUCGUAUUCCACAACGAAGGCUGGUCCACACUGAUGAGGACGGUGCACAGCGUCAUCAAGAGGACACCCAGGAAGUACCUGGCCGAAAUCGUCAUGAUCGAUGACUUCAGUAAUAAAGAGCACCUGAAGGAACGUUUGGAGGAGUACAUCAAGAGGUGGAACGGCCUGGUGAAGCUCUUCCGCAACAAGAGGAGAGAGGGUCUCAUCCAGGCCAGAAGCAUCGGGGCCCACAAAGCCACCUUGGGCCAGGUACUGAUCUACCUGGACGCCCACUGCGAGGUCGGACCGAAUUGGUACGCCCCCCUGGUGGCUCCCAUAUCCAAGGACAGAACCGUGUGCACAGUUCCUUUGAUAGAUUACAUAGACGGCAAUGUGUAUACCAUAGAGCCGCAACAGGGGGGCGAUGAGGACGGCUUUGCCCGAGGUGCCUGGGACUGGAGUAUGUUGUGGAAGAGAGUGCCUUUAAACGACCAGGAGAAGGCUAAGAGGGCGCAUAGGACUGAACCCUAUCGAUCUCCUGCCAUGGCUGGGGGGCUCUUUGCCAUAGAGAGAGACUUCUUCUUCGAGCUCGGCCUCUACGACCCCGGCCUGCAGAUUUGGGGAGGAGAGAACUUUGAGAUUUCCUACAAGAUCUGGCAGUGCGGGGGCCAGCUGCUUUUCGUACCCUGUUCCCGUGUCGGACACAUCUACCGUUUGCACGGCUGGCAAGGGAACCCGCCACCGGCCCACGUGGGCUCGUCCCCCACACUGAAGAACUACGUGCGCGUCGUGGAGGUCUGGUGGGACGAGUACAAAGAUUACUUCUACGCGAGCCGUCCGGAGACGCAGACGCUGGCCUAUGGAGACAUCGGCGAACUCAAGAAGUUUCGUGAGGAGCACCGGUGCAAGAGCUUUAAGUGGUUCAUGGAGGAGAUCGCCUAUGACAUACCAUGGCACUACCCACUGCCUGCCAAGAACCUGGUCUGGGGAGAGAUUCGAGGAUAUGAAACCAAUCACUGCAUCGACAGCAUGGGUCACACCAACGGAGGGAACGUGGAGACCGGACCUUGCCACAGAAUGGGAGGAAACCAGCUUUUCAGGAUCAACGAAGCCAACCAGCUCAUGCAGUAUGACCAGUGUCUGACCAAAGCGGCCGACAGCUCGUCCAUCUUCGUAACGCACUGCAAGCAGAACGAGAUGAUGGAAUGGAAAUACUUUAAGGAGCUCUACCGGUUCGCGCACCUUCCAACCGGCAAGUGUCUGGAUCGGUCCGACGUCCUGCACAAGGUGUUCAUCUCUCCGUGCGACAAGAACAAGAGCACACAGAAGUGGGAGAUGAACAUUCUGGCUGCUGUGUAGAAGAGCAGGACACAUGGAGCACAAGACCCUGUCCCCUUUUGGAGGCAACAGCAGCUGUAACUGGACACAUAUACAGGUCAAAUUUUGGGGUUCUGAUCAGGGGUCUAAAACAAUUAUGAGGGUAACUGCAGGAAGCAGGGAAGAGACAGUUCUUCAUGAUCAGAAGCCCACAGCCACUUCAUGUGAAGAGCAAUACCACGUGACCAGUUCCCCUUCCCAGCCUUCCUUAGUAUAGGUUUGAGUUUUAUGUAAAGAGUUCAUGAUUAUUUAAAUGUUUACUUUCUCCAUACAGUCUGACACUGGACAUUAAGGCCUUAAGCUUAAAGAUUGCUAUGUGUUGCUGUAUUUUGGGGUUUUGUAAGUGUAUAUAUAGAGAAGCAUGAAAUGCAUUUUUUAAAUAUUCCUUGGUUUGGGGGACAAUAAAGAAUGCUUUUAAUAUAAAA